AUGGUCUACCACCUCCACAUUGGCAAUAAGCGCUAUUCAUCCUGGUCAAUGAGACCUUGGGUUCUCCUCAAAGCCCUCGACAUCCCUUUCAAAGAGCAUCUACAUCUCUUCAAACCCGGUUCCAAUCAACCAGACUUCUUCUCCUUCUCACCAGUAGGCAGAGUUCCAUGUCUGUCCGACGACAACACCUCCGAAUCGAUACGCAUCUGGGAUUCCCUAGCCAUUUGCGAAUACAUCGCCGAGAAAUAUCCCAAAGUCUGGCCCAAAGACCCUGCAGCUCGAUCAUUUGCUCGAUGUGCAGUCGCUGAGAUGCACUCGAGCUUCAACGCUCUUCGGAAUGAAUGCUCUAUGAUUGUCGCUCUGCGCAUCGAUUUGGGUGAUACCCUCAGCGAGGCUCUGCAGCGAGAUCUUGAGAGGUUGAGUGGGCUUUUCAAUGAGGGUUUGGCGAAAUUUGGGGGGCCUUGGUUGGUGGGAGAAGGCUUCACUGCUGCGGACGCUUUCUUUGCUCCGGUUGCGUCGAGAUGUAAGACUUAUGGGCUUAAGCUGGAUGGUGCGGCGGCUCGGUAUAUUGAGAGGCUGUUUGAGCAUAGUGCAGUGCAGGAAUGGAUAAGGGAUGGAAUUGAGGAGACUGCACGAGAGCCAAAGCACGAAGAAAUUUCUGUUGCAGGACGGACAGUUUUGCAAGACUUGAGUGAGUGA